AAUUAACGCCAUUUCAGAGAAAACUCGCUUUUCUUUCUUCUUUUUCUCUCCCCCUCAACUAACGAGGUAAAAGCAGUAGUCAGUAGUGACUCCUUUACGCUUUGAUUGUUAUUAUUGCUCUAAAUUCAAUCAGUUGUUAUUUUAUCGAUGGAUGAUCGUAGUCAAUGGCAUCUUUACGACCCACUUCUUCUCACAGACGCCUCUUUGCAACAAGAAAACUCUUCUAUUCACUCCAUUUACAAUUCACAACCAUCACUGAGCUCUCAAAGUCCCACAAUGGCAGAUACUGAAUGGCAGGGCAGCUCCAAUGACCAAUUUUCUUGGAAAAGACGAGAGUUUGACAAAAAAGAUGUGCAAUUCGAAGACCCAAUAGCGAAAAAUAUGGUUGAUGGCAGAUCACUGUUAGGAUAUUCUUUAACGACCCCUGAUUUGGUCAUCUGCGCUGGCUUACCAGAUAUUGCCAUGGAAUCCCCUGAAAUGUCGGAAAGAAAAUCUCGUCAAAAAGUGGAGUCGCCUAUGGAGCUUUCUUUAGAGAAUGGAAUUAAUGGGUCUGAUGUUGAAAAGCCUCGGAAGAUUCCAACCGUGAAAUUCUCUAUGCCGUGCGAAACCUUCAAAGAAUUGUCUCCUGAAGCCUCUUUUGAGCUUUUCCCACCCCCUGAAGUCACCAAUAAGUCGCCUCAAGACUUCCCUCCUAGAGAAAAUGGAUUUCUAGAAGAUAUGGAAGUGUCACAGGGGGCAGAAUUGGAUUCUCUAGAUGAUAGAGGAGAUAACGAGGGAGAAGAGGAUAUUCGGAAGCUGAGAAGGGAGUUUGAGUGUCAGAAAAAGGAGCUGGCGGAAGCCAGGAGGAUGUUGGAGGAACUCAAAAGGGAGAAUCAACAGAAGAAUAGAGAAUGCCAAGAAGCAUGGAAGUCUUUGCAAGAUCUUCAGAAUGAACUCAUGCGCAAGUCCAUGCAUGUAGGAUCAUUGGCAUUUGCCAUUGAAGGGCAAGUAAAAGAAAAAAGUAGGUGGUUUUCCUCCCUGAGAGACUUGAUGAGGAAAGUAAAGAUUAUGAAAAUGGACCAAAUCACACUUUCAGAGGAAGUAGAGACAUAUAAGAAGUAUCUUGCAGAUAUGAGUGAAAUGGGGACUACUAUCAAGUCCAAGAUACAUGAGCAGCUAGAGUUCCACGAAGAUCUCAGGUCUAAAUAUCUAGAAGGCUCGAAGAAACAAAAAGAACUUUACAAUAAGGUUUUGGAGUUGAAAGGCAAGAUUAGGGUCUUUUGCCGGUGUAGGCCUCUUAAUGCUGAAGAGAUGACAGACGAGGCAAGAAUGGUAAUAGAUUUCGAAGCAGCAAAAGAUGGUGAGCUUACUGUACUGUCAAAUGGGGCUCCUAGAAAGACUUUCAAGUUUGAUGCUGUUUUUGGGCCCCAAGCAGAUCAAGCCGACAUAUUUGAAGACACAGCACCAUUUGCAACCUCAGUUCUAGAUGGGUAUAAUGUAUGCAUCUUUGCUUACGGGCAGACUGGAACAGGAAAAACAUUUACAAUGGAAGGUACAAAAGAGGCACGUGGAGUUAAUUUCAGGACUCUUGAGAAAAUGUUUGACAUAAUCAACGAGAGACACAAGCUAUAUCGCUAUGAUGUCUCUGUAAGUGUGUUAGAAGUCUACAAUGAGCAAAUAAGAGACUUGCUUGUCUCAGGAAAUCAGCUUGGAGUAGCUGCAAGAAGGCUUGAAAUAAGGCAAGCAGGCGAAGGAAUGCACCACGUUCCAGGAUUGGUAGAGGCACACGUGAAGAAUAUGACUGAAGUCUGGGAAGUCCUACAAACUGGCAGCAACGCAAGGGCUGUUAGCUCAACCAAUGCCAAUGAGCACAGCAGCCGAUCCCACUGCAUUCACUGUGUUAUGGUUAAGGGGGAGAAUUUGUUGAAUGGGGAAUGCACAAGAAGCAAGUUGUGGCUAGUAGACCUGGCAGGCAGCGAGCGAGUGGCUAAAACAGAAGUGCAAGGGGAACGACUCAAGGAAACUCAGAAUAUUAACAGGUCACUGUCUGCACUAGGAGAUGUUAUAUCAGCCCUUGCAACAAAGUGCUCACAUGUUCCUUUCAGAAAUUCCAAACUUACACACUUGCUGCAAGACUCCUUAGGAGGAGAUUCGAAGACGCUCAUGUUUGUACAGAUUAGUCCUACCGAAAAUGAUUUAAGUGAGACAAUUUGCUCUCUGAACUUUGCUAGUAGAGUGAGGGGAAUAGAAUUAGGGCCCGCAAAAAGGCAAUUGGACCAUACUGAACUUGUCAAAUUCAAACAACUGGCUGAGAAAACCAAGCAAGAGAUGAAGAUUAAGGAUUUGCAAAUCAAGAAAAUGGAGGAAACAAUUCAUGGAUUAGAUUCAAAGAUAAAGGAGAGGGAUAUUAAAACCAAAAGUCUACAAGACAAGGUCAAGGAGUUGGAAGCACAACUUUUGAUUGAGAGAAAGCUAGCCCGCCAACAUGUAGACUCAAAGAUAGCUGAGCAGCAUCUGCUUAAACAUCAAGAACAAACAAAUACACCUAUGAGAUCAGCACUUGCAAAUAAACCACCAGGAACUCACAAGAACUUUAACGAUCUAAUGGGUUUAACCAGACCACUUACGGAGAACAAUAGCUUAAAACAACCCUCAAUGCCCUUUACAACGUUGGAUAACUCUGUCAAGUGCAUUGAUCACGCUGAAAAAGAGAACAAUCCUGAUAUAGUUGAUAAAUUUGUAUUGCCUAAAAGAACUGGAAGAGCUUCUAUCUGCACAAUGACUCCACGUAUUCCUUUAGUUCCUACUUUAAGGCGAAACUCUCUGAUACCCCUCCCAAGUGUGCCUAGCUUGCCUCACCUCACAUCACCAAUAGUGCCAGUGUUAGAAAGUAGAGCUGAGGAGAAAGAAAGCAAUGGCGAAGCGGGAAACUGUUUGGCUGCACAGACACAUCUUGAGAGUCCUAAACAAAGAAUGAAAAGUGGAAGUAAGAAGAGAGGAAGCAUGCUAAGGCGAAGCUUAUACAAGAAGAUUCAGACCAAGUCGCCAAUCCAGCAGCAUAUGAGAAGGGUUGGUGUAAAUGUAGGCAUGGAGAAAGUAAGAGUGUCCAUUGGGAGUCAAGGGAGGAUGAUGGCAAAGAGGGGAUUGCAGAAAAAUGGUAGAAGAAAUGGGACAGAAGAAACUCAGCAAAAGAAUAGUCAAAAAGAAAAGGAAAGGGGGUGGAAUGCAGGAACAACAGUCAAACCGAGUUUUUGAAAGCAAAGUUGAAGACAAUUUCCUGGAUAGGCUAAGCCAAUAUAGAAUAGCCACGUGAGUGCUGGGUUUCAUGAUCUCACAUGUUUGUUCCUCGUUGGUUUGGUUUCCGUAUUCAGAUGGACUCGGCUUAAUUAUCUUCAAAUUUCUUGUAUAGGUUUUUAUUUUGGCAAACUACGUUAGUGUGUGAAAGAAUGUGUUUCUCUUCGAUGAUUCUA